AUGAUAUUUCCGUUCAAUGUGAAUCUGUUGGCCAGAGAUUUAAUUGACUUCCAAACAAGAAGAUGGGAUGAAGGGAAACUUAGAGAAACUUUCUACCCUGAAGAUGUGGAAAUGAUUCUCAAGGCGCAGCCGGUAACCAGAGGCGAGAAUUACUGGAGUUGGAAUCAUUCACCGAAUGGAGAUUAUACGGUCAAAUCUGGGUUCUGGUUAGCAUCGUCUAUCAACAAGAAAGUGCUGUGGGAAGAGGCUGGACAGUUACCUUCACUGAAUAUACUAAAACAGAGAGCCUGGUCCAUCCAAACAACUUCGAAAAUUCAAAAUUUUCUGUGGAAAGUUUUGAAUGGAACAAUUUCGGUUGCGGAUAAGCUUCAAGAAAGAGGGAUGAUGGUAGACAAUUACUGUCAAGCUUGUGGAGUGAUUGGGGAGUCCAUCAAUCACUUGCUCUUCACGUGUACGGUCUCGAGACAGAUUUGGGCUAUGAGCGAUUUUCCCUUCCCAGAAAAUGGAUUUGGAGAGUCGAUUUACGCAAAUAUCUAUCAUUUGAUGAGCCAAUGUCAGAAUGAGAGGCUACAUAAAGACAUCAAAAAGAGGUUUCCUUGGAUUUUAUGGUUUAUUUGGAAAAACAGGAACACUCUUCUCUUUGAUAAUAAUGGUUUUGAUGCUCGGCAAACAAUGGAGAAGAUCAUAGAAGAGGUGGAACUGUGGUUUCUUGCGCAAAAGAUAGUAGAAGAUUCACAGGCAGAGGUUCAAGUAAAGACGGUUAAAAAAUGGAGGCCCCCACCAAAACCUUGGUUGAAAUGUAACAUUGGUAGCUACUGGUCAGAAGGUAAAAGUUUGGGUGGUAUGGCGUGGGUCUUGAGGGAUGAGAUGGGGAAGAUUCUGUUACAUAGCAGAAGAGCAUGGGCUUCUAUUCUCGCGAAGUCGGAGUGCAGUUUCAAGUGUCUAAUAUGGGCAGCGGAAAGUUUGAUUAGUCAUGGGGUGAAGAAUGUUGUGUUUGCCUCGGAAGAUGCAGAGCUAGUUGGUUCUUUGACUCGUCCAAAUGCUUGGCCGUCUUUCAGGUUGCAGACGUCGGACCUCUAUUAUGUUUUGACCAACUUGGGAAGUUGGAGAAUAGAACAGGAAGUGAGAUGCACCAACAGAGGGGCUUUUCUCAUAGCUCGAAAUGCGACUUCGGAGAGUCAGUGGCAGUCUUAUGUGGCUAGUGGUCAUCCAGGGUGGCUGAAGUCAAUUUUCGUCAGUGAGAGAGUUCUUCCCUCUGUGUGA